CUGACACGUAACCCCAAACACUGUCAAGUACUAUUGGAUGAAGUGGAUAAAUUCUGUGAGUGGACGGAUAGAUUGAGGACAAAACCCAGUAAAUGUCAUUGUCUGUGUCUUGGUAGGCGGAAUACAAGAUACACCUCAUACGAUCCGGGACUAUCGUUAGGCGGUCAAUGCAUUUCUACGGUUACGGAAAAUGCACCAUUUAAAUUUCUCGGUCGUAAGAUUGAUAAUAUAGGCCGUACUCCAUCUUUAGAAGGAAUAGUAGAUAGCUUUUUGAACGAUCUUAACAAGGUAGAUAGCCAACUGAUAAGUAAUGUCAAAAAAGCGUGGAUCUACGAGAAUUACUUAACUUCACGUUUGAAUUGGCCUUUCCUCGUCUAUGAUUUUAAUAAAACCCUUUUGUCAAAGUUAGAUGCAGGCGUCAUAAAGAUGUUGAAGUUGUGGCUCGGGCUCGCUCUAACGGCUGAUUCAUCGGCGUUAUUUAGGGGAAGCAAUAGAUUUGGGAUGAGUCUAAAAAGGCCAUCGGAGCUCCAUAAACACCUAAGAGUUUCCAAGAGAUAUAUCCUGGGGAAAUCCCAUGAUGACAUAGUGACAUCGCUCCCAAAAGAUGAAGAUGCCCCCGAGCUAGAGUCACGACUUCAACUCCAUAAGCAAUUUAUGAUAGGAGCACAGAGUGUCAGAGCGGGGUUAGGAUCAAAUAGGAAAGUCCAAGAUGCGGAUAUAUUGAAGUCUUUUAUUCGGCAAGACGAGAAUGAUAAAUAUAAGAUCCAUGCAAUGAAUUUAGAAAUGCAGAACGAGUGGUUAGACAUAGGAGAUUUUUGCAUCCCAUUAGCAUUAAAAUGGCGCACUUUAAUUUAUGAUUGGUCGCCAGCAUUGCUAAAAUUCUAUCUCAAUGCUUUCCAGAUGACUCUCCCAGAUCAGAGUAAUUUAGUAAGAUGGGGUAAAAGUACCGAAAAAACUUGCUAUAUCUGUGGAAAGGCAGUUGGAACUGCUAAGCAUCUGCUGGUGGGAUGUAAGGUACUCCUGGACAGCGGUCAAUACUCGCGUCGUCACGAUAGGGUUCUCGAAGUCAUACGUGAAGCGGUUAGUCUUUCGGUAGCCAGAGCGCAAAAGGAAAUAACCACAAACGAACGAUCAGUAGGUUUUGUGAGAGAAGGCACUAGGACUACAAAAUCAAACGUCAAGCUUUACUCCAUCCUUAAAGUGGUGUCGGAUUGGACUAUAAUGAUGGACACGUAUGAAAAGCAAUAUAAAAUCCCCGAGGAUAUUUGUGCGUCGGCCUCCAGACCGGAUAUAUUUUUGUUUUCGCGAAUUUUAAAGCGCGUAGUGAUGAUAGAGCUAACGGUCCCUUGGGAAACCAACAUCCCCAAAGACCAUACCAUCAAGGUCAACAAAUAUUACGAGCUCACAAACGAACUCACUCGAAAUAGGUUCGUAGUAGAUUUGUACGCGGUAGAGGUGGGAGCGAGAGGUAUAACAGCGAAAUCUCUCUACAACCUACUAAAGGACUUGGGCUUGUCCAGAACUCACAUUAAUUCAUUCUUGGAACGUAUAUCGAAGGCAGCCCUAGUAGGUUCUUUUCAAAUUUGGUUAGGUAGGGAGAGGAGCUUGGACAGUGGAGGUGAGCGUAUAACGCGCGUUAGUUAA